CAUCGGAGCGCCGGAAGUGUGGCCAACUUCAGGUCGCGCGUACGUAAUGUCGACUGUGCGAUACCACAUGGUGACGGUGGUAAGAUGGCUUCGCCGAUUCCCUGCGUUGCUGUGAGAGGAUCCACUGGUAUAAAUCUAGCGCAAGGUCCACCAUCUUACGAAUCAGUCAAAACAUUUCCCAAAGAUGACAGCAAAAGCUGUAAGGCUAUGCUCUUUAGUCCAGACGGCCGGUACUUUGCAUGGGUUAAUACUGUUGGUGUUAAAAUUGUACUGUGCGAGACCUGGAAGAUUGUUGCUGAAAUUGCGCGACCUAAAAUCUGCGCUAUUCAAUUCUCUACCCAUAGCACGUAUUUCACAACUUGGGAACCAUCUUUUGUAACACAAGCAAGUCCUCAAGGAACACAAAAUCUUCACAUAUGGAAGUCUGAAAAUGGUGAAUUAAUUCACAGUUUUGUGCAGAAGAAACAGAUUAAUUGGGAACCACAGUGGUCAAGUGAUGAAAAGCUCUGUGGAUUAUUGAAUGGUACAAAUGUCUUUUUAUACGAAGAUAACAAUUUUGAUAGAUAUGUGCACAAGAUAAGUGCAGGCAAAGUUGCCAAAUUUAGUAUAGCACCUGGUAAUGCUCCCUAUCACAUUCUCUGCUACAUGCCUGGAAAACCUGGUCAGCCCUCCUUUGGAAGAUUAUUUCAAUAUCCAAAAUUUGAGAUUGGAGAAGCACUUGCGAGCAAAAGUUUUUUUCAGGCAGAUAGAGUUGAUAUCUAUUGGCAUCAACGUGGAACAAAUGCAUUAUUGAUGGCAAGUACCGAGGUUGAUAAGACUGGUGCAUCAUAUUAUGGAAAACAGACUUUGCAUUAUUUCAGCACAAAAGGAGAUACUGCUAUGGUUACAUUCAGUAAAGAAGGUCCUAUACAUGCGGUAGAAUGGUCUCCCAAAAAUACAGAAUUCUGCGUGAUAUACGGUUUUAUGCCAGCUAAAGCAACAUUGUUUAAUCUUAAGUGCGAAGCAAUCUUUGAGUUUGGAACAUUACAUAGGAAUAGCAUAUAUUACAAUCCACAUGGCAACAUAUUGCUUUUGGCUGGAUUUGGUAAUCUUAGAGGUGGCAUUGAAUUAUGGGAUAUUGCUAAUAGAAAACUUAUUGCUAAAACUGAUGCACCGGAUACUACACUACUUCAGUGGUCGCCGGAUGGUGAACAUUUUAUGACAGCAACUACAGCACCUAGAUUAAGAAUAGGCAAUGGAUUUAAGAUUUGGCAUUACACUGGCUCAUUAGUGUAUCAGCGACCUUGGAAUAACCAAGAAGAACUAUGGGAGGUGACUUGGCAAAAUUUCCCUUCAAGUACUUUCCAACAGAGACCUAUAAGUUAUAAAGCAGUCGAGGGUAUUGUUUCUAGUCCUAGUCAAUCACAAGCACCGAAAGGAGCAUAUAGACCACCGUGUGCUAGAGGACAAAAUAUCACUUUUAAAUUGCACGAUGACAUAGAGCCACCUUCAAAACCUGCAGAAUCAAAUCCAUCAAAAGCUGCACUGAAAAUGAAGAAAAAUCGGGAAGCGAAAAAGGCUAAAAAAGAAUUAGAAUCUAAUAAUUCCACUGUUAAUGGACAAGUUACAAGUGCGACAACAAGUGUAAAAAUGGAAUUAACAGACGAUCCUGAAAAGAAUAAAAAAAUAAAGAAAGUGAAAAGUAAAUUAGAUCAAAUUUCUAAAUUGAAGGAGCAAUUAAAAUCGGGAAAACAAUUAGAAAUUAAUCAACUAGAUAAGAUCAAGAAAGAAGAUGAAUUACUAAAAGAACUUGAAGAACUUACUGUAUGAUAAACACUCUAGAUGUCGAACAGAAAUUGACUUGACUUUGCAAAAAAAAAAAAAAAAAAAUUGCAAUUAAAUGGUUCUUUUUAAA